UCGACACAACCCAAAAAAUCACCACCCAAGAAUUUCACUACUUUUAGGGAGAGAAGCUAUAUAACGGCAAACCCAACUCACAAAAUCGGAAAAAUCUGGUAAAAAUUCAAACCCCAAUUCGAAAAUGGCGUGCAGAAGUGUUAUGAGGGUGGUCUUCUUAACUGAACCAUGGCUGCCUCUACCUUUUAUGAGCAAAAAAUGUUCGAGCUUCACACCAAUCAUUUCACCCCACAAGAAAACAUCAACACCAUAUCCGAAUUGUGGUUGUAGAAUUGCAGUAAAUGCUAAGAGUUAUCAUUUCUCGAGGAAUUGCUCAAACAGUGUAAACCCAUCUUCAUCUGGCGAUGAUUCUGAGCAAGGCCCUCCUCAAGAAGCUGUUCUGAAGGCAAUUUCAGAAGUUUCCAAGACAGAAGGAAGGGUGGGACAAACUACAAAUGUAGUAAUUGGAGGUACAGUCGCGGAUGAUUCGGCCAAUGAAUGGCUUGCUCUAGAUCAGAAGGUGAACACCUAUCCAACAGUUAGAGGAUUUACAGCAAUUGGAACUGGAGGGGACGAUUUUGUGCAAGCCAUGGUUGUAGCUGUUGAAUCGGUACUCCAACAACCAAUACCAGAAUUUUGUCCUUUCCCUUGGGUAGCCUUUUUUCAGAAAAAAGGAAUAUCAAAGAAAAAUCUUUCAUGUCUUGAGGGUCAAGUGAAACAGAAGAUCUCCUCUGGCGGCAAAUAUGUGUCUGUGAACAUUGGACCCGUUCAAGUAGUUUCUAGUGAGCAGGUCCAAGCUGUAUACAACGCUAUGAGAAGAGAUGACAGGAUGAAAUAUUUUUUGUGAUUCUAUUUCCAAUUGGAUUCUGUAUAGAAGGCUAAUCAUCUAUAGCGGCAUGCUUGCCCUUAUUCCACUUUCAUUUACUCUUGACGUCAAAUUUUUCUACUAAUCAUCUAUUUAUUAUUUAUCCAUAAGUCAAGUGCA